GAAUACGUACCACGAUCUACUACGUUUGGUGUUAACCGGUGCCUUGGUCAGCAAGCUAGGUCAAAUGAGGUAGCCUUCGUUAGGGAGAAUGUGUCCUUCGCCCUUUUGUUUUCAUUAUUUCGGCUCCACAGCAGACGCUUGAAAAUACCAGCAUUUCAGAUUAUUGUGAUUUUGUUGAUUAUCCUAUGGUUUUGCUUUUGCAUGUGUAUUUUGUAAGAUGGUCAUAUCUCAUUGGUUAUUCUUGUACUAUGCUAAUGGCACCCAUACUUUUUAUCACUGAAAUAUUGGCUUCAGUACGAUAAUGUAAAUCAACCAAAAUAUGCGAGUCGUUCUUAGUAGUACAGACGGGAUGUUAGUGCUUUACCACUGAAUGUUUCCUUUGUGGCAUUUGCCUUUGCAGUCAAACAGAUGAAAUUGUUGUCUUAAUUUUCAUGGCCACCUACACUGUGUCCAGCUUUGUUUUGAUUGAACAGAAAAGUGCACUGUCAUUCAUUAUAGUCACGCUAUGAGUCAGAAUUAUAUUAUUUGUAUGGUUACUUUCUAUUUACCAUUUUACUGAAGCUGAUUUUCCCACGUCGAGGAAACAAACGCUUUAUUGGACAGAGUUUAUAUGCUGUUUGCGGUUGAGGCAGCACACGUAGGCUACUAUAUUUUUCAAAGACAAUGUCCGAAAUCAAUAUUGGAAAGCGAAAAGAAAAAUGUGAAAACUGCUCCAAGCAGCAGUGCAGCAAGAAACAAAGCAAAGAAGGCCCAAGUUCACCACAGGAGAAGGCUGUGGCCAAUGGGGAGCUGAGCGAACCGUACCAGACGCAGAAGGUUUUGCUGAGUUCAUGCUUGUCCUGUGAGGGCUGUUUGUCAGAGGAAGAAAGCCAGCGCAUCUCCCAGCAGAACCUGGAGGAGUUCAAGACAGUGCUCGGCCUAAACAAGCGGUGUGAUGCCUCAAAACACAAAGUGCUGGUGGUCUCUGUGUGCCCCCAGUCUCUUCCUUUCUUUGCUGCCAAGUUCUGCCUGGGCAUCCCAGAGGCCACACACAAACUCUGCGGCUUUUUAAAGAGCCUGGGCGUCCAUCAUGUUUUCGACACCACACUUGCAGCUGGCUUCAGUAUCCUGGAGAGCCAGAGGGAGUUUGUUCAGAGGUUCCGGCGCAGACAUCAUGAUUCUCAUGCCCUCCCCAUGUUCACGUCCUCUUGUCCAGGAUGGAUUCGCUAUGCUGAGCGGGUCUUGGGCAGUCUGGUCACCCCACAUAUAUGCACAGCCAAGUCCCCGCAACAGAUCAUGGGCUCUCUGGUCAAGGAUUUCUUCACACAACAACAGAAGCUGACCCCAGACAAGGUCUUCCAUAUUGUGGUGGCCCCCUGCUAUGACAAGAAGCUGGAGGCAGUCCGAGAGGAAUUCUUCAACAGCCUGCUGGAGAGUCGCGAUGUUGACUGCGUGCUGACCUCAGGUGAAAUAUUUCAGAUGAUGGAGGAGCAGAAAGUGACAAUUGGUAAUUUGGAUUCUGUCCCCUUGGAUCAUGUGUUUGGGGAGGCGGAUGGGGCAGGUCUGGUGAGGCAUGAGGGCAGAGGUUCAGAGGGUUUCCUGGAACACAUCUUCAAAAAUGCUGCUAAGGAGCUGUUUGGCUUUGAGGUGAACGAAAUCGUAUACAAGACACUGAGGAAUCGAGACUUCCAGGAGGUGUCCCUUGAGCGCGACGGGGAGACGCUGCUGCAGUUUGCGGCCAUCUACGGCUUCCGCAACAUCCAGACCCUGGUGCACCGCAUGAGGAAGGGCCGGGUGCGGUACCAGCUGGUGGAGGUGCUCUCCUGCCCCGGAGGCUGUCUGGGCGGGCGGGGCCAGGCUGAGGGCGAGGGGGGGCGCGUGGAUAAGGUCCUCGCCCAGCAGAUGGAGGAGGCCUACAGCAGCCUGCCCGUGAGGCUGCCGGAGAUGAACCCGGAGCUCCAGCGGCUGUACCGGGACUGGCUGGAGGGGCAGGACUCCCCGCGCACCCUGCAGGCCCUCCACACGCAGUACUCCCAGCAGGAGCAGCCGCACACACUGCCUCCCCACAUCCAGUGGUGAGGACGCUGGUCCCCCGCCCGGGGUCCCCCCCUCCCCCAGCCCGGGGUCCCCCCCCCCCCAGCCCGUGGUCCCUCGCCAGCCCGGGGUCCCCCGCCAGCCUGCAAUCUCUGCUCACCGUCCUGGCUGGGUGCCCGCUGGAAGCCCCAGUGCCCCAUGCCCAGGUCCACUUCCAUUUUCCUCUUUCUGGAGAGCUUGUUUCUAGAGAGAGGCAGGCAACAUCCGGAGUCCUGCUCCACAUAAUGCAUCUAAUCAGUGAGCGGUCUUCCGCCAUCCAAGUCUGCAAUAACCCUGAAGUAUCUGAAAAUCAUUCACUUGCACUGAAUGCAAGUGCGGAAGUAGGAGUAUGGUGCUUAUUUGGGUAUUGAAGACCAGGUAAAUGAAUAAUUGCAACAACAACAAAAAAAUGCCAGUAUGUGCUGUUAAUUAAUUAUGGUCACAUUACACGUGUUGUAGCAGACAUACUGUGAUAUAAGCCUGUGGAGUUUGCAGUGCCUACAAGAGGAUGACGAUACCGUUUGAAGCAGUUUUCUGCAUAAUGCCUAGUGGUGAAAUCUGGUGAUAUGGUACUGUGAAGAAUCAGGUUUGCUUUCUUCAGAACCUAUGUAUCCCCACACUUUCUCUUGUAUGAAGAAUACAAUGUUUUGAAGCUUGCCAUUUUUAAAGCUGGCGUUUGUUAAUGCUCACCUCGAAAUGAAGGGAAGUCUUGGUUCAGUGCCUGGAAUACACCUAGUCAAGAGGGCUUUUAAAUGGUCUUUUAUGUUUGUUUGUUUUUUAUCUGCCAAAUGGUGGUAAAUUUGAUUAAAAUAUUUCAGAAUGAAGGUACUGGAUGAUUUUGUCUUUCAUACUGUGUUAUGUAUUGUUGAAUUGGGACUGUGGUAUAAUUUAAUGUUCAGCCUAUUAUACAGUUUAAACGUUAAUUUGAAUAAAUAUACCACACCUGCUGAAUUGAAUUGAGAAAGUGCAGACCAUGAACAUAACAGGAGAAAAUGUGACCGUAGAUCUGCUAUUUAAUUAAAUAAAUAAAUAAAUUUUUUUUGCAUUUUAAACACUCACAUCAAGUGCCCUACAGAUGGAUGGUAACCGUUGAGUGAAAUUUGUUAUUUUUACUGUGUACUUAAGGCAACAUUAGACAGACAGAAACAGCAGAGAAUCGACUGAAAGCAGGUGCAUUGAAGGCCUGGAAAGGCAUUUCCAACAAAGAUGAAAAACGUUUGGUAAUGUCAAUGGGUCGUAGACUUGAUGCAGUUAUGGCAUUCAAGGGCUAUGCAAACCAAUAUUAGAGUUUAUUGCUUUGAUAUACUUUUUUAGUUAAUCUGUUAAUUUUGCACAGGAGCAAAUGGGGGACGCAACACAAAAACAGCUGUUUUGGUGAAUUUGGUGAAUAAAGCAUAUACACAUGUUAAUACCAUGAAAUAAA